GAACUAUUCUUUAAAUUAUUAUUUUUGUGAUGUUCAUGACUGAAAUCACUUCAGUUAAUCAGCGAUUUCCAUAGCUCACUCGUUUCAAUUAAAGACUAAACUCUACUUUUCUGUCAGUCUAAUGUCGUGCGCACCUUUCAGAGCCACUGUUUUUGGCUUUACACUUUCAGUCAUGCGGAUUGCAUUAAGAUCAUUUGCUCUCCACCACUCACUUAUUUCAAAACGUGCCUUUUCUAGUUUUGACCGAAUAGGUUUUGGCUGGUUAUUCAAAAUUUAAAACCGUAUUUGCAAAAAGCAGGUAAACUAGUUUUAUUUAAGCCCUUUUUGUCGUACUGUUACACGCAGUUGGGGUUAACUUUACAUGUUAAGCAAAUGUCAGGUUAUGUUGACUGGAGGACCGUUGUUGUCUUGUAUAAUCUGCUUUAUAAAGUAUAUUAUAAGCAAAAAAUCUAUCCCGCAUCAUUUGUAAAUAAAUGCGCUGUUCAAGUGGUGUUCUUCUUUGAGUGUUGAGACAGUAAUUGCUUUAGAGCUGGAAGUUCUCAGUUGGUUUUUGACUUUUAUGGCACCAAGGCGCGUUUGACGCAUUCUUUUGUAACAUGCCCCCUCCCCCGCCUUCCUCUUGUCCCUUCAGUGGCAAAAAAUUCAAUGCAAUACAAAUGGCGAAAGGAAAUGCACAGACGUUUCCCUUUCAUAACCAAAAAUGCUAGAGGACACCAAAAGAAAACAAAUAUUUAAGAUACAUACACACCACAAUAAAACAUUUAGUCUUUUUUAUUUAAGCUUGUUGACUGACAACAAUAAAGAAAUACAUACAAUAAUAUAUUCUUUAUUUUGAACGCCUUAAAAUGUAAUUCCCUAUAAUAUUUAACCAAAAUUGAACCACGACAGUCGAAAUAAACACAUCUGCUGCUGCACAUGUUCUGCAAAGCAAUGCCAAACAUGAUACAUAAUUGACUUGGUUUUUUUUUUUACUUACAUGUGUAUCAUUGACAUAGGACAUUUUAAACGUUACACAAAAAUUAAAUAACUUGUCUAAAAAUGACAAACCCAGACAACUUAUACACUAUAAUUUUGCAUUUUGGUUUAACCAAAAUUAUUAAGCCUAUCAGCCUUUAAGUGUCAUGCCAAUGAAGCUAUUCUUUCUGUGGGUUGUAAACGCUGUUAAUAGUGCGGGUAAUUCGAUAUGGCACGUUCUGGUCCAAUUUCAAACUACAAAAAAUAUAAAUUUUCCAUAACCACAUUCACUGCACAAUUGUUUGUCUUACACUAUUCAUGGAUGCAUUGAUUAUCGCAUAUGUAGGUCAUAUCACAAUUUUCCAAGAGAGACGAGAUUGGGCAAGUGAAAAAGCGAGCAAGCUAGCUAGCGAGAGAGGGAGAGAGAGAGAGAGAGAGAGAGAGAGAGAGAGAGAGAGAGAGAGAGAGAGAGAGAGAGAGAGAGAGUCUGUUUUCCUUAAACAUUAUCAACUGAAACCACUGGGAUAUGAAGCUACAAGCUACAUAUUCCUCGUAUACAGCGCUCUCAAUUGGUGGAAACUAGUCAGGUGACGUUGUCAUAUUGUCUUUCCUUGAGCCAAGCCUUAGCUAUAACACUUGGGUUGCGCGUCUUAACAGGAGUCUAGAAAUUAAAAUUAUUGAAAUCCUACUGAACUAAACAAAAGAGUUUUCAAAGCAGGAAGGAGACACGAGCGUGAGUAUAUGGGAGAGAAACAUAGACACAUAGACGCACAGUGAAGAAGCGUGAGAGACUGAGCAAGGGGUAUUAAGAAGGUAGGCAGAGUUGAUGAGAGGGCGAUAGGGGAAGGCAUGAAUUCGUAUUUCGCGAACCCGUCACUCUCCUGUCAUUUAUCCGGUGGUCAAGAGGUUUUGCCUAACAUGCCACUAAACACGACCACGUAUGAUCCUGUCAGACAUUUCUCGUCUUACGGUUCCACUGUGACCCAGAACCGGAUUUACGCGUCCCCUUUCUAUUCCCCACAAGACAACGUUGUGUUCGGGUCAAGCCGGGGACCGUACGAGUACGGAUCUAAUGUGUUCCUCCAAGACAAGGAAGUGCUUCCCAGCUGCAGGCAAACUAGCAUGGGAAUCAAUGCUCAGAGCCACGUAGCUCAGGAGUACAGCCUGGAACACGGUCGAGGCGUUGGGCAGGAGCAAAAAGGGAACCAGAUCCAGAUUUAUCCGUGGAUGCAGCGCAUGAACUCGCACAGCGGAGUUGGGUACGGAUCUGACAGAAGAAGAGGUCGACAGAUUUACUCCCGAUACCAAACCCUGGAGCUAGAAAAGGAGUUCCAUUUCAAUCGCUACUUGACCCGACGCAGACGGAUAGAGAUUGCCAAUGCUCUUUGUUUAACAGAGCGCCAAAUUAAAAUUUGGUUUCAGAACCGCCGCAUGAAAUGGAAGAAAGAGACCAACCUGACUUCGACUGUAAGUGGAACAGAUUCGACGGAUGCUACCCAGGGGGAAGAAAAACAAAGUAAUCAGGAGGCGACAGAAGAAGUUAAAAACAAAGACUAGUAGAUUUGUUUUGAUUUGUAACGCCUGUUAAACUGCAACGCAACUACCUAUAAACUCUCAAAAAUGCAAUUAUAACUGCAUGGACUGUGUAUUCUGCUAUGACUUUACACUCAUUUCCCAACCAUUAUCACACAAAUAUGCGCAGAGAGAGAGGGAGUGAUAUGCAGGAUUAUGCUAAUCACUUUGUAUUAAGAAUAUGUUUUGCCUCAUUUUAGGCAGUUUAGAUGCAAUAUCACAGACGCUGUUAUUGGACAGACAGUCUUAAUAGUAUAGUGUUCUGUAGGCUUGUAAAUAGUUACUAUAUGAAACAAAAAAAAAUUUCAAACUGUAACUAAUUUGGUCAAUGAGCUUUCCCUUCGAAUUUACAUACACAGUACCAUUACCAUUCCAAAUGUGAAGGAAAUGUCGUAGUCUAUGCACAAGUGUUAUUUUGUUCUUCUUCAGUUAGCACCAACACUGGUGGGAUGAACCAUGCUACCUUACGUUCUUAUGGAUUUUAAUAACUUCAUCCCGUCAGUGCGUGGAUGUAAAAAAGCCGCUGUACUGGCUAAAUAUUUACUGUUCAGCUGAUUUCAUACCAAUUCAACAAACACGUAUAGUCAUGCUUAUAAAGUCGUCUUAAAGUAAAUAAAAACUGCGAUGAAAAUGAAGACAUUCUCUG